AUGUCUUCUUCUAAGCUUCUUCUUGUUUUCUUUCUUGGUGCUAUUGUUUGGGCCACUAGUGCUAGGAAGCUUGCCGGUGGGAUUGAGGAUGAGAAAAACCUCUUUCAUCGUCGACCGAGAUUUGGUGGUGGCUUAGGAGGAGGAGGAGGUGGUGGUGGAGGGUUUGGUGGUGGAGGUGGGUUAGGAGGUGGUGCAGGUGGCGGAGCUGGAUUUGGUGGAGGUGCUGGUGCUGGUGCUGGGCUUGGUGGAGGUGGUGGACUUGGUGGAGGAGGCGGUGGAGGAUUCGGAGGUGGUGGUGGUGGUGGACUAGGGGGUGGUGCUGGUUUUGGAGGAGGUGCUGGCUUUGGAGGUGGAGCUGGAGGUGGAGGCGGGUUCGGUGGUGGCGGAGCUGGCGCUGGUGGUGGGUUCGGCGGUGGAGCUGGUGCAGGUGGUGGGCUUGGAGGUUUCCCUUGA